UCCCGCCGUUGCCAUGGAGACGGCUGGCUGAGCAUCGUUGGUGACAGAGGGAAGCCCCCCGGGGCCUACUUUGGGGGGGAUUUGGGAUAAGGCCCAUGGAUCUGCCGGAACGCAAGGGGAGCCUCAGCCUCCGCUCCCAGCACAUGCCCUACGGGAAAACCGUCUUGGUGAGCGAUUGGCACGAAACCAUACAGGCUGAACCCAAAGAUUAUGACAUAAAUGCAGCCCCUUUGGGCACAAAGAAUUUGUGCAAUUCAUCUUACUGGAGAUUCGGCGUGGAAGAUAAGGUCUGUAAAUCAGAAAUGCAUGAACAGAUGGCUAAAAUUUAUUUAAAACCGAGUUUGGAGCAGAACAAGAUGAAACCCUUGCUGAAUGAAGAUACACUUUGUACCGGUGUUAUUGAGAGGGAAACUGGGAUGCCCGGAACAGGUUUUGGAGCUGUUUUGCCUCGACAUCCUGCAAAUCACUGGAAAACGGCCUCUGAGACAACGUAUCGUGCAGAUUAUGUUCCUCCAUAUGAUUAUAAACCAGCAAUCCCACCUUUCCUGGGUAAUUAUUCAGUAGCUCAUAGGAAAUGCCGUUCUCAGUUCACAGAUGUAGAAGAUGGGAGAAGACGGGGCUUUAACAGAUGGCACGAUGAGAGUGGGAUUUAUGGUAAUUCUGAUGUAAAACAAAAGGUUUUCCCAGCAACUAAUCCUAUUACCUCUCAUUUGUGAUAAUACGCCAAACUCUCUACAUAAAAUUAUUCUUUAUUAAAUUGUACGUCUAAUGAAAAUGCAGCGAUUUUUCCGCCUAUUCCAAUAAAAACAACCAGAA